UCGAGUAUGAUUAUUCUUUACCUUUUCUUAGGAAUUGUAGCCAGGUAUGUUGCUAUACGUCUCUGAAGAAUGAUCAAGGGAACUACAGAAGGUUGGAGGUCUGUUUCAUGGUCAACUGCAUGCUUCUUCCCUGGAAUUGUCUUUGUAAUCCUAACAGCAUUGAAUUUUGUUCUCUGGGGCAACAAAAGUACUGGUGUUAUUCCCAUUUCCUUGUAUUUUGAACUGUUAUCCCUUUGGUUCUGCAUCUCAGUGCCUCUAACCCUUAUGGGAGGAUUCUUUGGGACUAGAGCUGAGGCAAUUCAAUAUCUAGUGUGGACUAACCAAAUUCCCUGGGAGAUUUCUGCAUGGAAAUAUCCGUCAUGGCUUCUUAUCCUCGGUGCUGGAACCCUUCCAUUUGGAACUCUAUUCAUUGAGCUUUUCUUCUUCCUUUCUAGCCUCUGGCUUGGCAGGUUCUAUUAUGUCUUUGGGUUCUUGCUUGUAGUUCUUCUAGUUCUCAUUAUUGUUUGUGCUGAGGUGUCUGUGGUUCUCACUUACAUGCACCUCUGUGUUGAGGACUGGCAGACUGGUGGAAGGCUUUCUUUGCUUCGGGUUUAGUUGCACUUUAUGUAUUCCUUUACUCCAUCAAUUACCUGGUGUUUGACCUACAAAGUUUGAGUGGACCGGUGUCAGCUUUCCUUUACGUUGGCUAUUCCUUGAUCAUGGCAAUUGCAAUCAUGUUAUCUACAGGCGCCAUUGGCUUCCUUAUCUCAUUCUACUUCAUUUAGUACCUUUUCUUGUCUGUUAAGAUUUGAUUAAAAACUAUUUAUGACC